ACUUUUCUUCGUGAUAUCAUUGAGAAUAGUUGCAAAGUGAACAGUGUUGCUUUACAAUCAAUACUGCCUUGUUACAAGUUCAACCAUAUAGGCUAUCAUUUUGAGAAUUAAUUGAUAAGCCAUAGCUUAAUUUGACGUGGUGUUCUCUCUUCAAAUAUCAUCAGUGCAUUUGAUGAGACCGUUAAGAUUUGUCAUUCGGUAUAUUCGAGAAAAACUUCAGGAUUUUCUUCAUGAUCAGCAAUCUCGGGCGAAUGUGACAUAUCAGCAACUGUGAAAGACUUUUCAGUGAUAUUUACUAAACCAAAAAUACAAAUCGUGAUAAGAGACAAUUCAAUAGAACUGUUUUAUUUAUUUGUGGAAAAGCAAUAGUUACAGAACAAUAUUCCAUAAUGCAUCAACCCUUGAAAAGAUUCACACAAUGUGGAAGUUUGACGAUGAUUUUUGCUGUUUUUAUUGUUCUGUUUGGAGUGAGUUCAACAGCACUAACGACUUUUGGUAAACCCAAUCCCAAUCAGAAUAUACCACAACCACCAACUCAACCACCAGUGAGAGCGAAAGAAUGCAAAACACAUUCAGAUUGCUUCGUCCUGCAGAACACGAGUUGUGUUAAGGAAUAUUACGAUGAUCGCUAUCGAUGCCUGUGUGGGGACUACACGGCUCCUGUCAAUGGUUUCUGCACAGCUAAAUUCAAAGGUUUGAGGCACAUGUGCUCAGAUGUCAAAGAAUGCGAAGAGGGAAUGCUCUGUGCCGUGGAGAACUCCACAAAAACAACAGCUUUGGGUACUAAAGUACCUUCCAGCACUGCUGAUCAGCAAAAACUGUGCCUUUGCGACGAAGACAACGGAUAUUCGGAAAGUCCAAGGAACAACAACUGCAGUGGAGCAAUCACGAUCUUCGCAGGAAUUAUCGUGCCACUGAUAUCCCUGAUGAUUGGAUCCAUUCUUGCCAGAAAGCCCCUUCAGUAAUCUGAAGGAAAGCUGCUGAAUGAUGAAAACUACACCAUUCUAUCUGCACAACCUGCACACGAAAAGCAAUUAGAAAACAAGGAAUAAAAAAGCAAGACCACUAAUGUGCUAUUAGCAAAAUAUUGCACCACGAUGCCUUAUGAAAAAAAAAGAAAAUAAUAUGGGAAUAGGGUAAAAGCCAUGUACAAGUUUUUUUUUGUAAUUAUCGUAUAAUAAUAGUCUGUGGGUGAUAUUUUGAUUGCACUCAAUGUUAGCUUUCGUGCUAGAAUGUGUUUAUAAAACUUUACAUUGAUGUUCAUCUUAUUGUGACCUUGCAGGGUAAGAAUUAUUUUAAUUAAUGUGCUAGACGAGAUAUUUGAAAAUCAAAGUAAAAUUUGUGUUUGCUUCAGAAACGAAACUAAAAUGUUAAGCAAAUUAUUUUAUUAAUUACUUUUUCUCAUGUAAAUAAAUAAAGCAAGUAAGAAUGAAAAUUCUCUGGUAACUUCUUCUCAAUAAUUAAUUACAAUGUUUUGUGCACACGCAAGAAUCACCCUUUAUUAUAAAAGUUUAAUUCUGCUUUUUGUCAGACAAAGUCAAACCCCUAUUUAGAGUAGUUAUACUUUUUGUAAGGAGAAAAACUUAUGAAUAUUUAAUAAAUUAUAAGAAGAACAAAAAAUAAUGUUAUAUAAGACCAAUGGACACUCUAAAUUCUGUUUUAUUGUGAUUUCCAUUAUUCCAAUCAAUGUACCCCACAUUAACAUGGUAAAUGCUGUGAAAAUGUGCAAGUAUUGAAAAAUAUAUAGCCAUUCAAACGUACAAGUAAUUUUAUCUGGUGGAUAUUAAUAAAAUAAAUAAAUAGAAAAAUAACUUUAUAAAGCUUUAUUUUAUUGUGAGCUUAAAAUCAAAAGAAAAUAAAUGCACAAAAUCAAUUUAAAUCCCUGAUAAGUAAUGCCUUAAAAAAUUCUUUGAUUAAUUCUACAUUAUAUCUACAUUAAUUAUACCUGGUAAUAUUGUAUGAUUAUUCUAGAAAUAAAUUUUCUUGAUAGAUAAA